GGGCGAGGCGAGGCGGGGCGGGGCGGGGCGGGAAGGGGGAAGGGGGAAGAGGGUGGGAGACAGCAAGCUGGGAGACGGAGGCGGCGGGUGCGCCGCAAGGAGGCGGGGAAACCCGCCCGGCCCGAGCCAGGCCGUUCCCCCGCGGGCUGCAGGUGGAGUCCGCAGCCGCCGCCGCCGCCGCCGCCGCCGCCUCCCCCGGGCCCGAGGGCGCGGGCGUGGAGCGCCGGUGCGUGCGGACCCGGCGCCAGGGCCCACGGCUCGCCCGCCGUUCCGGGGCUGCGCCUCCGCGCCUCGUCCAUGGCUGAGGGCCGGCGGCGGGAGGACGAGGAGGAAGAGCUGCGCGAGCGCCGCGAGUUCGGGGGCCAGCGCCGCGCCCGGGGCCGUGCGCUGUCGGGCCACUCGGCCGCAGAUCGCAACGAACGAAAUAAACCAGAGCAUCGUUCUUCCAGCCAAGGACCCUUGUCAUCCAUUAGAGCGGUUAUCAAGAGAUCUUCUCGGACUUCUUUUCAGAGCGAGCUUCAUCGAGAUAGGAGGCGCCCAGAGAUCACCAUCGUGGCAGCUGAGCCCCUGAGGCCGGCCUCGUGGUUUCCAGGAGCCCCACCCCCGGGACUGGGAUUUCCCCCUUCUUCGGCAGCAGGCCCUUGGAGGCCCAGUGAGCUGGUUCCUGCUGAGCUCCCACCAUCUUAUGAACAAGUCAUAAAAGAAAUCAACCAAGUUCAAGUUAAUACUACGAAUAAUAAUAAUGCUGCUGCCACUCCAAGGCACACUAUUACGUCUGCAACUCAGACUGACUUUACAGAAGAAUUAGACAACCAUCUGCCUCAGAGUAGUGCAAAACUACAGGCACCUCUCAAGCCUCUCCAGCCUUCCCCGGCGGUCGCAGCCAGUGAUCUUCCAACAAAUGUGGCACCUUUAAUCGUCUUUGAUAUUUCAGAAGAACAGAAUUGUCCAGAGAAUUCCAGCGCUGCAAGAUGUCCAGUGCCAAGACCAAGAUCAAAAGCCAACCUCAGACCAGUAGCCAGAGACAGUCACAUUAAAGCGCCAAAUCACCAGAAAACCAGCCCCACGGCCACAGAAAAGGAGUCCUCGCUGAGCCAGCCCCAGUCUUUGUUGGACAGUGCCAACGACUUGGAGAGUCAGGCAGUGAUGAACAUUAUGAACACAGAACGAAGCCAAAAUAGUGUCAUUUCAAGAAUCAAAGCAUUUGAGGGUCAGACAAAUAAAGAAACCUCGGGACCGCCAGCGAAACCGGAAAUUGCUCCCCGCACACUGCCCCCCAGGCCUGCUGUUCCCUCAGGGAAACCCUCAGUGGCUCCCAAGCCGGCUGCCAGCAGAGCUUCUGGAGAGUGGGACUCCCGGACUGAAAACAGACUCAAGGUGGCCCCUAGGGAAGGGCUCACCCCGCACUCUCCACUGCAAGUAGGGAGCAUCCCAGCAACCAAACCUGAAUUGCCAAAGAAACCAAAUGCUGGCCUUACACGAAGUGUUAAUCAUGAGAUUCUGGGAGGAGGGCCUGUGGCUGAGAGCCCUGACGGUGGGAAGAAAGUCCCAACUCCUGCUCCUCGGCCGCUGUUGCUGAAGAAAUCGGUUUCCUUAGAAAACCCCAACUCUACAGCUCUGCCGAAACCAGUCACCGUUCCUCCCCGACUCUCAGUGGCGUCACAGGCCAAAGCAUUCAGGUCACUGGGAGAAGGACCCCCGGCCAUCUCCCCAGCUCCAGCUCUGCAAAGCAAGCCUCCAGGGGACAUUGACCUCAUCAGUUUUGAUGAUGAUGUUUUACCCACACCAGCUGGGAACCUGGUUGAAGAAUCUCUUGGUUCAGAGAUGGUUCUGGAUCCCUUUCAGCUCCCCAUAAAAACAGAACCAACAAAAGAAAGAGCAGUUCAACCAGCACCCACCAGGAAGCCCACUGUGAUUCGAAUUCCAGCCAAACCAGGAAAAUGUUUACAUGACGAUCCACAAAGCCCACCUCCUCUCCCUACUGAAAAACCUAUUGGAAACACUUACAGUACGGUAUCUGGAAAACUCAGUUCUGUUGACAGAACUAGAAACUUGGAAUCUGACCACACGGGUCAAACAGGAGGUUCUGUGCGAGGACCCCCAAGGUUGCCACCAAGACCUGUAAAUGGAAAAGUUACACCAGCUCGACAACCUCCUCCCAAGGGAGCCCCUGAGAGACCACCUCCCCCCAAACUUUCUGCAACCAGAGCAUCCAGUAAAAAACUGCCUUUUAAUCGGUCUUCUUCUGACAUGGAUCUUCAGAAAAAGCAAAGUAACUUGGCAUCUGGACUCUCGAAAGCCAAGAGUCAAGCCUUUAAAACUCAAGAUCCGGUGCUGCCCCCUCGCCCCAAACCAGGACACCCUCUCUACAGGAAAUACAUGCUGUCUGUGCCUCAUGGAAUUGCCAAUGAAGACAUUGUCUCCCAAAACCCUGGAGAACUCUCCUGUAAGCGUGGGGAUGUACUUGUGAUGCUGAAGCAGGCAGCGAAUAAUUACUUGGAAUGCCAAAAGGGAGAAGAUAUUGGCAGAGUUCACCUGUCUCAGAUACAGAUUAUCACCCCACUUGAUGAACAUCUUAGGAGCAGACCAAACGAUCCAAACCAUGCUCAGAAGCCUGUUGACAGUAGUGCCCCUCAUGCUGUUGUUCUUCAUGAUUUUCCAGCAGAGCAAGCUGAUGAUUUGUACCUCACUUCUGGAGAAAUUGUUUAUCUUCUGGAAAAAAUAGACCCAGAUUGGUAUAGAGGGAGAUGUAGAAACCAGACUGGCAUAUUUCCUGCCAACUAUGUCAAAGUAAUUAUUGACAUUCCAGAAGGAGGAAAUGGGAAAAGAGAAUCCAUUUCAACUCAUUGUGUUAAAGGCCCAAGAUGUAUCGCUCGGUUUGAAUAUAUUGGAGACCAGAAGGAUGAGUUAAGUUUCUCGGAGGGAGAAAUUAUUAUUCUUAAAGAGUAUGUGAAUGAAGAAUGGGCCAGAGGAGAACUUCUAGACAGAACUGGGAUUUUCCCCCUUAACUUUGUAGAACUCGUGGAGGACCAUCCCACCUCUGGUGCCAGUGUUUCAAACACAAAGCUACCACCGAAGACCAAAAAAGAUGAUUAUGGUGCAAAUUCUCAGGAUAAUAGUCUUUCUGGAGAAUGGUGUGAAGCCCUUCACAGUUUUACAGCAGAGACAAGUGAUGACUUAUCCUUCAGGAGGGGAGACCGGAUCCUGAUCCUUGAGCACGUGGACUCUGAGUGGUGCAAGGGCAGACUGCGUGACAGGGAGGGGAUCUUCCCAGCAGUGUUUGUGCGGCCCUGCCCAGGUGAGGCAAAAAGCAUGUCUGCUUUAGCACUGAAGGGGAAGAAGGCCAAAGCCUUAUAUGAUUUCCAUGGGGAGAAUGAAGAUGAGCUUUCCUUCAAGAGUGAAAACAGAAUAUUUCCAUGAUCCUGUUUCCCCAGCUUACAACUGGACCAUGGUCAGAGGAAGGCACUCAGGACAGUACAUUGGGACUGUUCCAAGAGGAAGGAGGGUGGGCUUAGCAGCAGUUGCCAUCAGAACAGCCCACGUCAGACACUGGGGAAUUCUCCAUCAUCGGAUACUCAGCCAGAGGCAGGAAUGCCAUAGAAAGAAUUAAAGCAUCAGGGAGUGAUUGGAGAAGAGGAAACUUAAAACAGCAGGUGCCCCACCACCUGUCUAAAACAAAACGAGGGAAACGAAGGUGAUAUUGGGAAGUCACGGAGUAAGGGGCAUGCAGAGAUAAAUCAGUAUAAAGUUGCUAACUUUCCUAUUUUGUUACAGAGUUUUCCAUUCUGGGAAUUUCUUCCUUUUCAUAUUAAAAUGUCAUUUCUCUUAUAAAAUGCUCUUAGUAAAUGAUAUUUCUUAUGCAGAAUUAUAAUUUGGUAACCUUGUAUCAGUUCCUCUCCCCCCCCCCUUAAUUUCUUGGUUCUCAAAAUCCAAGUGUUUGGGAACUGUUGCCCUUGUCCUUUUCAGUCAUGGGAAUCAGUGGCUCAAACUUCAUUCUUUUUAUCUUUACGAAAAAUGUUACUGCAAGUGAACAAUCUGGAUUCAAACUUUUUGGAUGUUAUUUUAGCCUUUGUUUAAGUUAUGUCAGUAUAAAUAACAGAAUUCAUAGUAUUCUCCAGAAAAAAGUUGCCUUCAUUUUACAAAUGACUGACUAUAAACAAGGUAGUUCUCGAGUUUUUUAGUUAAGGGAUUCAUUGUUAAUCAUUAAUAUUUUAUUAAAUAUUCACAGAAUAUUAGUAGAACUUUUUUGAAAAAGAAAUGUCCUAGCCAUCAGAAAACUGACAUGGUAUGUUCACAUGGACCAGAGCCCCCCCCCCCCAAAAAAGUUGCAACUAUUAUAUUAUAAUUUAGGAACCAGAAGGAACUCAUUUAUAAUAGAAACUUUGAACAGCCAGAAUUUUUACGGAUUUUGUCAGAGUAAAGUAAAUUAAUGACAUUUGAUAGCAUUUUUCCUUUCCAUUUUCCAUAAAGACAGGCCUUAAAUCAAACCAUUUUUCCAGAGGGCAGUGUACUGGUGCUAUAAAUAAAAUCCAUUUAGCCUGAUAAAGAGAUUCUUAAAAGUAGCCAGGGUCAUCCUGAACCAUGAGAGAAUCUUAAACCCAGAUUCUAAGAAAUGGUUAGAAUCCAUAAAGAACAAAAUAGUUUCAGGAGAUAAUUUCAAAAAUGAUGUCUUCAUCUGUUGAGGAAUUAUAAUUCACACAUGAAUAAGAUACACAGUGCCUUUGACUGACUUGAUGAGGGUAAAUCAGAUGUUCUGAGUCAGGGAGAAGCUCUUUUAAAGACAGGAAUGUAAAUGUGAUUGUGAGGCCAUAGAAGCAUGGAAUAAACCAAAUGGUAAAGGAGGAUACCAUUAUGUGGAAGAAUGAAUGUAUAGUACAAAAUGCUCAGGAUGUUGAGAAAAGGCAAUUAUAGUAAGAGCCUUUCUAAGUAAAAAAUCCACUGUGAAAUGUGAUGGCUGUGUUUUCCAAUGGUUAGCAACACCGGCCCUGAAACCGUACUAGAUUGGAAUCCUGUCCCUACCACUAAACAUUUUUUUUUUUUUAAAGAUUUUAUUUAUUUAUUUGAGACAGAGAGAAUGAGAGACAGAGAGCAUGAGAGGGAGGAGGGUCAGAGGGAGAAGCAGACUCCCUGCCGAGCAGGGAGCCCGAUGCGGGACUCGAUCCCGGGACUCCAGGAUCAUGACCUGAGCCGAAGGCAGUCGCUUAACCAACUGAGCCACCCAGGCGCCCCCUGUCCCUACCACUAACUAGACAUGCAGCCCCAAGGAAGCUGUUUAAUCUCUCUGAGCUUCGGGUUCCUUCUCUUUAAAGAAGUCUAUAAAAAUCUCUCUCUCAAAUGGCAAAGUAACAGUACUCUGGGACUGCAGUGUUGUUUAAAUGAGUUAAUUCCUAUAAAGUACACAGAGUAUAGAGUAGGACUAUUUAUGGUAAGUACAUGGACCCUCUUACCUUCAAGUCUUUGCUGAAAUGUCACCUUCAGGGGGGCGUUCCCUGACUGGAACUAAUGAGAUAGCAACCCCACACUUUCUGUCUCCUGGGCCAGCUUAUUUAUUUGCUUCUCUACUCUAAAAUGAGGCCUUUAUUCCUUGCCGUAUGCGUCAUACUCAGAACAGUGUCUGACACAUACUGGGUGCUCGAUAAAUAAUUGUUAAAUGAAAAAAAUAGAUAUAACCUAUAUGACAUUUAGGACUGUUCUUAAAGAAGAAUUUUAGAUUAGGAGUAGUGAAUUUGGGGGGCACAAAAUGCAAGCGGGAAAAUAAAAGCACAGUGAGGGUGAUAACGGCGAAGGAAGGGGCUCUGAGAAGAGGCAUGCAAGCAAAUGGUGUCGUAAGGUCUAGAUCAUCUGUGGGGCGGAUCGUUUAAUCCACUGGGCAAAUCAGGAUCAGUGAGUGACAUCUAGAGAUAAACCAUGCCUCUCCAAGGAGGCUGCUUACCAUGCUUAUCCUCAACAGAAAAU